AUGUGUGGCAUCUUUGGGUACGCCAACUACGGCGUCAACAAGCCCGUGCAGGCGAUCCUCGAUGCCCUGUUUGACGGCCUUCAGCGCCUCGAGUACCGCGGCUAUGACUCUGCCGGCGUCUGCGUCGAGGCGCCCACCACCGCCGGCGGCGACGGCACCGGCCCCCUGGUGAUCAAGCACAUGGGCAAGAUCUCUGACCUGAGGGCGCGUGCCGUGGAGGUUUUUGAUGAGUGCGGCUACAGCGGCGACAAGGUCUACGGGACGCAUGUGGGCAUCGGCCACACCCGCUGGGCCACCCACGGGCCACCCAGCGCGACCAACAGCCACCCCCACGUGUCUGGCGCGAACGGCGAGUUUGUGGUGGUGCACAACGGCAUCAUCACCAACUACGCCGUCCUGAAGCCCUUCCUGGAGAAGCACGGGGCCGUGUUUGUGAGCGAGACCGACACUGAGGUGGUGCCGCACCUGUGCGAGUACCUGUGGCAGAAGAAGGGCGGCAACGUGUCCCUGCUGCAGCUGGCCAUGGAGGUGUGUAGCCUGCUGCAGGGCGCGUACGCGCUGCUGAUCAAGAGCGCCCGCUACCCCAACGAGCUCGUGGCCUGCAAGCAGGGCAGCCCCCUGGUCUACGGCCUCAAGCGCUGCGCCCCUCCCUCCGCCAACGGCGCCGCGGCCGACGCCGCCGCCGUCGCCGCGGGCAGCGCGGGCGUGGAGGUGUGGCUGUCGUCGGACAGCGCGGCGCUGCUGAAGCACACGCGCGAGAUUGUGUCCCUGGAGGACGGCGACCUGCUGCACAUCGACGCGUCCGGCCACGCCCACGUGUUCAACGCGCUCGCGCUGACCGCCAGCACCAUCGCCGCGCGCGACGACGUCACGUCGCUGAGGGUCGUGCGGGAGCACCGCGUGAUUGAGGCCGAGGUGGAGUCCAUCAUGAAGGGCGGUUACGACCACUACAUGCAGAAGGAGAUCCACGAGCAGCCCAAGACGCUGGCGGACACCAUGAGGGGCCGCGUGGUGCUGGACAAGCCCCUCAAGCCCCUCGCCUCUGGCGCUGCGAACAUCAUCUUCAGCGGCACGCACCUCGAGCCCACCAGCUCCUCCGCGGCAGCCGCCGCCGCCGCGCUCUCCGCCGCCGCCGCCAGCGGCGGCGCCGAGGGCGGCUUCGCGCUCCCCCGCAGCCGCGCCGGCGCUGCCGGCCCCAAGGCCCCGGCGGCCCCGAAGCCCGCGACCGCCCCCACCCCCUCCCCCUCGGCCGCCAGCCAUGUCGCCGCGCCCACCGCCGCCGCCGCUGCGGCGCCGGCGGGCACGCCCGAGGGGGAGCCGUUCAUCCGGCUGGGCGGCCUGGAGGAGCACGUGGAGGGCAUCCUGCGCUGCCGCCGCAUCGUGUUCAUCGCGUGCGGCACGAGCUACCACGCGUGCCUGUCGGCGCGCAAGACGCUGGAGGAGUUUGCGGCGAUGCCCGUGGUCGUCGAGCUGGCGGGCGACUUCAUGGACCGCGAGGCCCCCGUGUUCCGCGACGACACGUGCGUGUUUGUGAGCCAGAGCGGCGAGACCGCAGACACCCUGAGGGCCCUCGAGUACGCCAAGUCCAAGGGUGCGCUGUGCGUGGGCAUCACCAACACGGUGGGCAGCGCCAUCUCCAACGCCACCCACUGCGGCGUGCACCUCAACGCGGGCUACGAGAUUGGGGUCGCCUCCACCAAGCUUUGA